AUUCGAUGGCCAAUCACAUCUGUUUUCUUGAAACAUCUUAAAGGUUUUUCCCGCCGAAAAACUAGAAGUGUGUUUUGAUUGGUAGAGUGGCAGUUAUUGAAACAGAAAGUUGCAAAGAAAAAACGUAGUUUCAUGUAGAUAUAGCUAAACAUGGCAACAGACAUUUCUGAUUUAACAGAUGAAGAGCUAAGAGGACAGCUGAUAGACUAUGGUGUCAAUGUUGGACCAAUUGUCUCUAGUACACGACUGUUUUAUGAGAAGAAGUUGGCCAAGUUGAUAGAUUCUGGUGGUGUACCUCCACCACAACCAGAAACAGAGGAGUCAGAAGAGGAAGAAGAAGAGGAGGAAGAAGAAGAAGAAGUACAGUUUAAUUACAGAACACAGCAACAACAGAGUAUUCCCAGACCUACAGGGCGGCCACAACAUACAAGCACACCUAUCACACAGACUUACGAACCAGUUACACAGGCACGGGUAGCCACCCCUACCACAGCCACACGCAGGAAUGUGUCCGAGCGAGGAGAUGAACAAACAACAACAGGAAGUAAACCAAAGGAAUCUGGAAGAGAGAGUAGAGGCGGUGGUAUUUCCAUGUGGAUCAAGCUGCUUUUUGUUAUCUUUGUGGCGUUUCUCGUCUAUCUGGUGAUAAUCAACAUGAACCCUUCAGCAGAAAACAAAAUACCAUUGACUUUUCAGGAGAAUGUGUGAAGUGGGAGAAUUGUUAUUUAUAUAUUUAUGGAGAUGCACUUUUCAAAUUUGAUUUUAAUUGUCUUGGAAAAAGUCAUUUGGAUAAAGCAAACAGCAGUUCUUUUAAGGAUGCAAUAUACCUUGAAACCAGGGUAGAUUAAAAAAAAUAACUGUAGCAAAUCAAGCUACUUUGUGUAAUGAAUUGUUUUAGCUGCUAAAAUAGCAGAUUUGUUUGCCUCUGUCACUUUGGGUGUUCGAAGUACAUGGGCCUCUAAAGGUAUUUUAUAUUGAAAGUUAAGAAGGAAAAUAUUGAUAUUGUCCUCUUUGUCUUUUUUUGGUUUUAUUAUUUUUUAUUGUCUAGCUGGUGUUCACCUCUCAUUUUUAAGCAACUAUAGACAAUAACCAGUUUUUCAAUGGCUUCAUUGCCAUUUUCUUUAUAACCUAAAUGGAAUUUUUGGGAUAAUUUAUAUGCAACAUGGUGACGGUACACUAUCAUAAAGAAGAUCUUUCUUGUUUGACAUUGCUACCAAACAUUUUGUUUCUAAAGUAGGUAAUGUAUUUACUUUUAUUUUCGUUUAUUUGAACACAUAUCAGAGCUUCAAAUACAUACAGCACCAUUUGUUGUCUUGACUUUUAUAUUGAAAAAAAUGUGCUUGCAGUGUCAGAGCCUUUGAAUUUUAAAGAUGGAAGAUAUAUAGGUUGGACGGUUAGUUUCCAUGGUAACAUCAAGUUCACAAUAACACUAUCUUCUACUGAAAUAUGGACAACUUUAGCUUAGUUAUUAGUAUAUUUGAUAACCAAAUUAUCACUGAAAAAGGAAAAUUAGAUACAAGAGAUCAGACUGCCCAAUUUAUUUGAUAAUGGCUGUGAUAAUUAACCUUGCACCUGUCUGUCUACCAAAUGAAGUUAGUCAUCAGCAACCGAUUUCUUACAUUUCGCUUGACAUUUCAAUAUAAGUACCUAAAGCUGCAAAAUACUGAUCAUUAUUCAAAACUAGUUUCAUGAAAAAUACAUCUGCAAAUACAUGUCAUGACUGUUUCAAGUUAGCUCAAAUAAAAAAUGAAACACUCAAAAUCCUGUACUUUCAUGAUAAAAUUGUCCAGAAGAUUGAAUAUACAAACACAGAUUGUAGUAAAUGUUAUAAGUUAUAUGCUUGCAGCUGGACAUGCGCUCAUUUAAAUUUUAUGGUAUACUGCUUCCUCAAGAAAUUUACGAAGACUGAGGAAUGCAUUCUACCACUGUUCAGAUGUCAGUUUAAUGGACUUAUCAAAGUUGUAAUUUAAGGGACCAGAGUUGACUGGUUUAUGCUUUUGUGUACAUGUGUCAAAAUGUCAUUUUUAAUACCCAGUAAAUAAGUACAGCUGAUUGUAUGCUAUGGGCGUAUAAUGCCUAUAAUUAUAAAGAAACCUGAAGUUUACUUUGAUGUAUCAUAGCAUUUUAAAGGUAAUGUAACACAUUCAGAUUUGUAUAAAGUGCAUCCAUAUUCUAAAGUAUUGUAUCUCUACUUUUCUUUCUGCUGAAUCGUAGAAAAAGAAGUGAAAUAAAUUAGUGUGUUUAUGUACGUGGCUUUAUUUAGGAAAGCAUGUAUGUGGCUAUUUUUAGCUCACCUGAGCCAAAGGCUCAGGGUGAGCUAUUGUGAUCACUCACCGUCUGGCGUCCGUAAACUUUUACUUUAAACGACAUCUCCUCAUAAACCGCUAGGCCAGUUUCAUCCAAACUUCACAGGAAUGUUCCAUGGGUGAAGCUCUACAAAAAUUGUUCAAAGAAUUGAAUUCCAUGCAGAACUCUGGUUGCCAUGGCAACCGAAAGGAAAAACUUUAAAAAUCUUCUUCUCAAAAACCAGAAGCCCUAGAGCUUAGAUAUUUAUUGUGAAGCAUUGCCUAGUGGACCUCUACCAAGUUUGUUCAAAUCAUGACCCCGGGGUCAAAAUUGACCCCGCCCGAGGGGUCAUGAUUUUACAUAGGAAAAUCUUAAAAAAUCUUCUUCUCAAAAACCAGAAGCCCUAGAGCUUAGAUAUUUGACAUGUAGCAUUGCCUAGUGGACCUCUAUUAAAAUUGUUCAGAUCAUGACCCCGGGGUAAAAAUUGACCCCGCCCCAGGGGUCACUUGAUUUUACAUAGAUUUCUAUAGGAAAAUCUUCAUUUUUUUUAAAAAAAUAAACCAGAAGGCCUAGAGCUUAGAUAUUUGAUAUGUAGCAUUGCCUAGUGGACCUCUACAAUAUUUAUUCAAAUCAUGACCCCCAGGAUCAAAAUUGACCCAGCUCCAGAGGUCACUUGAUUUUACAUAGGAAAAUCUUCAAAAAAUUUCUAAAAAUAAACCAGAAGGCCUAGAGCUUAGAUAUUUGACAUGUAGCAUUGCCUAGUAGACUUCUACAAACUUUGUUCAAAUCAUGACCCCCAGGGUAAAAUUGAUCCCGCCCCAGCGGUAACUUAAUUGUACAUCGGAAAAUCUUCAAAAAAAAAUCUAAAAAUAAACCAGAAGGCCUAGAGCUUAGAUAUUUGACAUGUAGCAUUGCCUAGAGGACCUCUACAAAAUUUGUUCAAAUCAUGACCCCCGGCAUCAGAUUGGCCCCGCCCCAGGGGUUACUUGAUUGUACAUAGGAAAAUCUUCCAAAAAAUGUCUAGAAAUAAACUAGAAGGCCUAGAGCUUAGAUAUUUGGUGUGUAGCAUUGCCUAGUGGAUCUCUACCAAGUUUGUUCAAAUCAUGACCCCGGGGUCAAGCUUAAAUGCAAAUCUUCAUAGCAACCAUUUAACCAGGUGAGCGAUAUAGGGCCAUCAUGGCCCUCUUGUUGCUUACUGCUUAUUUGGUGCACUACAUUGUAUCUAGUUUUACUGUAGAAAUUUUGUAAUAGUUAAUUUUUGUAAAAUCAAAUCUGUAUCAAAUCUUCCUGUUAUUAAGCAUGCAGUAAUCUUUCACUUGUUGUAAGUUCAGACUGGAAAAUUCAUGAGGGUAACUGUAUUAUGUUGCAAUAACUCAACAGAGCCUUGUUAUAGCCUUAAACAUUUACCCUUGAGCCAGAUAUUCAGAUUUGCAUAUUCAGUCUAGUACAAUUAUUUUCUUGCAUAUAUAACUGAAAAAAAAAUAACCUUAUAAGCUCUAUUUUCUUGUGGUAGCAUAUAAAUUACUUUCACUGGUUGUAGGUGCAGAUGGGAAUAUCCGGCACGAAGGUAACUGUUUUUGGUGGUAAUUAGGCUAUGCCGAGUUACCGCUGAAACAGUUACCCCGAGAGCUGGAUAUUUCCAUCUGUACCUACCACCAGUGAUUGAAUCUUUUUCUUGCAUGUAUUAUUCAACAAAUAGAGUAAAAAUAAAUUCAAACAAAAGAAAACAAUGUAAUAGUUGCGGUUUUGUUCUAUCAUCUGUAGUGAAACGUUACGUUUUUUCCGUUAAAUGACGUCUUUUAUUUUAAUCGAGAAAUAUGUUUUAAGGAACGAAGAAAAAGGUAUUAGAUUUUAAUCCCGUUUUACGUUAAACAUAAUUAUUAUACUACACAAAUCUACUACGCAGAUGUAGUUCGUUAUAUGUCAUUUACAGCACGAGAGUUAUCUUACAACCCCGUGAUAUAAGAUGGAGUUUUCCAGCACCAGUGAAGUCACCAGAAAUCCCAGUCUGGUAUGCAAGAAUAUGACUUCUGCAUUUUUUCAUAAGCUUAUUUCAUUAUGUCAUUUACCCCACUUGUGAGAUGAGUUUUUCAGACACAGGUGAAAAACACCAACUCUUAUCCUGUAUGUUAGAAAAUAAGUCUUCAUUGGUUUGAAAUGGCUGCUUAUCCUGUAUUUAGUUAGGCAACCAAUAUUGUAAACUAAAGAUUCAGUGAUUUUUACCUGAUUUUGAAUUAAAGUGUUGACGUGGUAGCAGUCUGUUUGAACAUUCUGUAUUUUGUAUAUGUAAAUGCUUAUAUUAUUUUUUAAUGACCUACAUUGUUAUAUUAUUUACAUGAAAAAUACUAUUUCAAGCUUGGCUUUGAUAUAAUAUCUAAACAGAUGCUGUUAGGCAAGAAUUUCUUAGAGGCUAAGUAUGGUAAGAGGUCCACUAAAUUACUGUGACAUUAACUGGAAUAGCUUGCAACACUAGUUUACACUUAUUGGAUGGCUUGAUCCUAUGUGGUUCUGUGACAACUUGCAUAUGAAAAUUAACUCGAACCACUGCCUAACCGAUGCAUGAUUGUUCUACAAUAAAUUAAAUGCAAUAUAUUAUGAGACCAAUGAUGGUUAUUAAGGUCCUCAAAAUAUUUUGUCAUUAAAAGAUGUAGACAAGGGUAAUGUUGGCUUUUUUCCAUCUUGAGGCACAUGAAACAAUGUUUUUGUAAAAUAAUUCUAAGUACUGGAUACUUAGCUGCUAAUGAAACAGCAUUAAGGAGAGAUCUUUGGUUAAUGCCUGAAAGUCUGUAUUAAUAAGCUAAGUAGAGGCUGUUUUGAUCUUACAAUUUUUCAAUGGGCAAUGGAGAAUACACUAACUCAUUUUGAUCAAAGUAUUUGCUGAUCUGACCAGGCUAUCAGGCGAAAGUCCUGACUAUUGAAUUUUGUGACUUGCACUUUUUAAACAUAAAGUUUAGAGUAAGCAUUUCUUCAAAAUACAGGCUUUUUUUCAGUUAUGACAUUAUAAUGCAUGUGGUUCUGGGACGAUCUGUGUAUGAAAAGAAUUGGAACCACUGCCUUACCCUUGCAUGAUCGUAAAAGGCGACUAAUAGGGUCUUAACACUUGGUUUUGCUGUAACUUGUGAUUCCAGCAGGUGUGCAAAUUUUGAUUCCAUACCUCAUGUUUUUAUUUUGAUGUAAAUGGGAUGUGAAACCAAAAUUUGUAGUCCUGUUUGGUGUCAUAUAACCUAUACUGUGUUGGUGCGCCGUAAAACCCAAAUAAAUAAAUAGAAAACUUGAAUCAAAGCCUAACCCUAAAAUAGGAGUUAUGAAGAGCUAUGUAAGUGUUGCAUUUUUGAAGUACAUGUAGUUCAAUGUAUAUUCAGACAGAACUGGGCAUUAUUUGUGCUCAUUAAGAUAUCUUGGCUCUGUGUGCAGUGUAAUGAAUGUAGUUAGCUUUUCCGGUUUCAGAUUGUACAACACUAGCAAAUAAGAUUGUACAACACGCAAGCAAGUUUAUUGUACAGCACACAAGCAAGUUUAUUGUACAGCACGCAAGCAAGUUUAUUGUACAGCAUGCAAGCAAGUUUAUUGUACAGUACGCAAGCAAGUUUAUUGUACAGCACGCAAGCAAGUUUAUUGUACAACACGCAAGCAAGUUUGAAUAUGUGCUUCUGAAUACUCUCACUGAUACAUAAUUCUUGUAACUUGUUAGCUUUUUAUACUGCUAUUUGAAUAUUAUUAUGAAUAAUAAAUACUGUUGUCAAGUU